AAUCCUGUGCUGCAAGCCGUGUGCAUCUCCCGCCCUACUGUCACUGGUUCGAGCAGCUUUCUGUUUAACGACAGUCCGACACAGUGCUGUGGACGUUAAAGUGGACUAUGGAAAAGUGGAAUAUCUUUCAAUGGAAGGGGAAGCCCCUGGGUGUAAAAUCUCAGUGAAUGUUAGGCUUGAAAAAUAUACGUCUGGACUUUGUUGUCAGAAAACACAUUCCAAGAGACAUCAAGUGUUACAGUUCUCGACAGAAACAAUUAUUUUCCUCUGAUGCCACUGGUUUUUAAACUCACUGCCAGUAUCACAGAGAUCUAUUCUGCGCACCAAAGUCGAAACACACAACGGGCGAUGGAAGAAACUGAUAUCAGUCUGCGAAAGGACAUAACUAAUUUAUCGGUGGACGACGUGUACCAAAUCGCGCAGCUUAUCGGUUCUGAGGUAGAACGACUUAUUUACCGUCAUGGCAAAGAGAGUGUAGAGAACUUGGUGCCCAUGGUUGUGCGGGCACUUGAACUACUGGAGGGAUUCGCCGCCCGCCGUAGGGUGACACUGGAAGAACAAGAGUUUAUCCGUGCCUACCGGAGCUUACGAAGAAAAGAAGGAGCCAGGAGGGAUGAAGAGAAGGAACGUUUAAGAGACGACAAGUCGGAGCUGGAACAGAAACUGCUUAUGUGGGAGAAGAAAGCUAAAGAUCUACAGACUGAGGUGUCUUGGUUGAAAGAGGAGAAUCAGCACCUGCUAAAUCAGUUAACCGAAAGCCAGUCUCAAGGAGACAAUGUAAUAAGAAAAGAAAGAGAAGUUAUGCUGAAAUUGAAAGAAAUUGUGGACAGACAAAGAGAUGAACUUCGAGCCAACAUGCACGAGAUAUCCUGCAAAAAUAAAGAUCUGGAAGCACUGCAGGAACAGUUGGAUAGAUUCAUGAAGAUGAACAGUGAUCUGAGGCAGAAGCUAUCGAUCUCACAAGCACAGCUGAUGAGUGCAUUGGCUAAGAAAACAGAUCUGGAAUCUAGUCUACAAGAAAAAGAGAAAGAACUGUACAAAGUGAUUGCCAGUCUGAUGGAGUUUAAAGGAAUGCAGCGAGAUGCAGAUCCCGCCCCUGUAAAAGAAAGACAAAAGGCCCCUGAAGCUGACCUGAAAAACAAACUAGUAAUUGACUUGAAUGAUCCAGAUCAGCCAUGUUUCACUAAACAGGAAGUCCAGCAGCUCAUAGAGGAGCGCAAUGAGCUGAAGACAAAUCUCUUCCUGUUAGAGGAGGAAAUGGCUUACUACCAGCGUGAAAUCCUGAAUGAAGAGACAUAUUCCAACUUCUUUUUGUCUGCUAUUCAAGAAGCCAUGAAAAAACAAAAGAAAAAGAUUAAAGCCAAGAUGCUUGGCAUUCCACAGGAUACCAGCAGCAGUGAAGAUGAGGACAAAAGUUUCCAGGAGGAGACAGAAACUGACUCUGUAGACUCUAAACCACCAGAAUCCCAAAUCAAGAAUGUGUUUAAACGUUGGUAUCGAAGUAAUAGCAACAAAAUGCCCUCCACUAAGUCCUUCCCAAGCACAUGGGAGCUCAUUGAAUCUGAAGAAGCGAGUGAUAUUAGGAGCACAUUGGAACCUCAGAAUGAAGCAGCAUCAGCUGACCCAUAAAUUGCUACAUCAAUAGAUGGACAAGGCUCUUGAUCAAGAGCACACAGAACUGCAUUUCAAGAUCAUAUUAAGCACUUCAUUAUUUUGACUGAUUCUUUAAAACUGCAUGAGAAUGGACACCCGUGUCUGAAAUUCAGUGAGGUAUUGAGAGUGUUUGAGAACUUGACAGUUCUUUUCAUGCCUGUGUUAAUUUUGCAGUCCAUUUAUAUCAAUCAGAAAAUCUCUGGAGGUGAGGCUAAUUGUAUCCAGUUAGCUAUGGUUUGGAGUGAUCAUGUCAGAAGUCUUAAAUGCAUCUCAGUGCUAAAAAAGCUAGUUUAGGAAAGCUACAUUUUUCACCACAUGGAAGAGAUCUAUUUUUGAUAUUCUAGUUUUAGUACUUGUCAGAUCCGUAGAAUGAGCCCACUUUCACUAGAGAUGUAUAUUAACACUUAUUUUUUUUAAUUUUAGUGCAGUAAGUUACAAUGCAUUUUAAACUCAAAUAUACUUUUUUAGCACUUGUAAAACCAUAAUGAGAGUAUGAUCCAGUGAGAAAGAUGGGUUUGUGAAACACUAAGUCAUGGCCGUGAAUCACAGAAUGAAUAAACAUUAUAAUUUCACACUGA